AUGCAUCUAAGAGCUCCCCUCGCGGUUGCCGCGAUGGCCCUCGCCGGCAUGUCGGCGGCGGCCCCACUCGAGCGCCGAAGCUUCAGUGCCGAGCUUCCGACCAGCCCCGAGCAGAUACGCCUUGUCGAGCAACAAGCUCAUGGAUCACUACCAAAUUCGGCGCCACCAGCGAAACUUGAACCGAGCAGUUUGACUGCAUUCCAGCUUAUCCAAUUCAACGAGCAAUUCGAGGUCGCCUUCUUCUCAUCUAUGUUGGAAAACGUCACCACGGGUGGACCUGGGUGGGAGACUUCAGAGAAGGAUAAGCUUGUGGACGCUUUGAAGGUUGUUGUCGCCCAAGAGAAGCUUCACGCAUUGGAUGCUAAGGGUGUGUUGGAUCACUUCAAAGCUUUCGCACCGCCGCCUUGCCAGUAUCAGUUCCCUACCAAUAGCCUGAAGGAGGCCGUUGCCCUUGCGGAGACUUUUACCUCUGUCGUUUUGGGUACUCUUCAGGAUGCAAGUCAGCUUCUAGCGAAAAAUGGCGACUCUGGUCCGGUACGCGCUGUCGCUUCCGUCAUCGGUCAGGAGGGCGAGCAAAACGGAUUCUACCGCAGCAUCCUUUCACGACCUCCUUCCUCUCAGCCGUUUCUCACAACCUCGAUUGCACCGUUCGCCUUUUCUGCUCUGCAGUCUUUCGUCGUGAAGGACUCGUGCCCAUUCAAAAUGUCUCAGAUCGAUAUACCGACUUUUGCGCCCCUGUACUGCCAGCAAAUGGCUAAGGAUGGCGAGAUUGAGGCCAAAGACCAGAUGUUGUCAUUCAAUGUCGACUUGAGGGAGGUUGUGACUGCAGGCAGGUUCCUCGGAAAGGAUCCCGGUGGUUUGUUCGUCACCUACCUUAGUGGUCUGAACACUCCGUUGAGCGUGCCAGUCAGGAACGGCAAAUGGGAAGGCUCCAAGAUCGAGUUCGAAGCAGAAUUUCCUUUUGAGAAAAACAGCAUGUGGGGGCUCUCCAUCGCGGCGCUGACGUUUGAGGGCAAUUUCAAGAGCGCGGACGAUGUUGUGAAGGCAACACUUGCUGGUCCUGGUUUGAUCCAGGCCAACAAAUAA